GCCUCGAACCGGAAGCGGCCCUGUUGUCUCACGAGCGGCGUUUAUCAUCCGCAGCCUCAUUCCUCCCUGAAGUUACAGUAGAAUAAUGAAUUAAAACGGUCUUAUUGACUCGUUACGUUUCACAGAUCGACCAUCUAAUCCCCAUUUGGACUCGGGCUUCGUGUAUUCGCGUGAUCUCGGUGUUUUAAGAUGUCAGUGGUGGGUUUUGACGUGGGCUUUCUGAGCUGCUAUGUAGCGGUAGCUCGAGCCGGAGGAAUCGAGACUGUGGCCAAUGAAUACAGCGACCGAAGCACUCCAGCAUGUGUGUCUUUUGGACCACGAAAUCGAUCUAUUGGAGCGGCAGCUAAAAGCCAGGUGGUCACCAAUUGCAAAAACACUGUCCAAGGAUUCAAGCGUUUCCAUGGCCGGGCGUUCUCCGAUCCAUUUGUCCAGAACUUGAAGUCCAGUCUCGUUUAUGACCUGUCACAGAUGCCAUCGGGCAUGACGGGCAUAAAGGUGAUGUACUUGGAGGAGGAGAAGGUGUUCAGCAUUGAACAGAUUACUGCGAUGCUCCUCUCCAAACUCAAGGAGACUGCUGAGAGCGCCCUCAAGAAACCCGUCGCCGAUUGUGUCAUCUCUGUCCCCUGCUUCUACACCGAUGCUGAGAGGAGAUCCGUCAUCGAUGCGGCUCAGAUCGCAGGACUCAACUGUCUGAGACUCAUGAAUGAAACCACCGCAGUGGCUCUGGCAUACGGGAUCUACAAGCAGGAUCUUCCCGCUCCUGAAGAAAAGCCAAGGACAGUGGUGUUUGUGGAUAUUGGCCAUUCAGGCUACCAGGUCUCUGUGUGUGCCUUUAAUAAAGGCAAGCUUAAGAUUCUUGCUACAGCCUUUGACCCUGAAAUGGGAGGAAAAGACUUUGAUGAGCGGCUGGUCAGACAUUUUUGUGAGGAGUUUGCAGUGAAGUACAAGCUGGAUGUGAAGUCCAAGCCCAGAGCGUUGGUCCGACUCUACCAGGAAUGUGAGAAGCUCAAGAAGCUGAUGAGCGCCAACUCCUCUGACCUGCCCCUGAACAUCGAGUGCUUCAUGAAUGAUAUUGAUGUCUCAGGCAAACUCAACAGAAUAGAACCCAUUAUGUUGUCUACACCGGAUUCAAUGUUUCAUUUUAUCUUGGAAGCAUACUACAACUGUCCUAAAGAGCUCCCUUAUCCAGAUCCCAUAAUAGGUCAGUACAUCAUCCAGAAGGUGGUUCCCCAGGCCUCAGGCGAGAGUUCAAAGGUUAAGGUGAAGGUGCGAGUCAAUAUCCAUGGGAUCUUCAGUGUGUCCAGUGCUUCACUAGUGGAGGUGCAGAAAUCUGAGGAGGAAGAGGAGAGCAUGGACACAGAGCAGAGCACAGAGAAAGAAAAUGAGAGCAAAAUGCAGGUUGAUCAAGAUGAACAAAAGACUCCAGGGGCCGGAGAACAGGAAAAUGGAGAGAAAAAAGCGGGAACCGAAGAAAUGGAGAUGCCAACAGUGUUGUCUGACUCCGUCUGUGUUUUCUCGCAGGACAGAGAUGCUCUCUCAUUAAAACUGGAGGACACUGAGGUCUGGCUGUAUGAGGACGGUGAAGACCAGCCUAAACAAGUAUACAUUGACAAACUCAUGGAACUGAAGAGACUCGGCCAACCCAUUCAAGAGAGAUACACAGAAUUUGAGGAAAGACCCAAAGCUUUUGAUGACUUGGGCAGACUUCUGCAGCAAUACAUGAAGAUUGUAGAGGCCUACAAAACCAAGGAAGAGCAGUAUGAGCAUCUGGAUGAGGCUGAGGUUCAGAAGGUGGACAGGAUGGUGAACGACGUCAUGAUCUGGAUGAACAGUAAAAUGAACCAGCAGAGUAAACAGAGUCUCGCCGUGGAGCCUGUGGUGAAAACGAUGGAGAUACAGGCCAAAGCACAGGAGCUAUUCUCCACUUGCAAUCCUGUUGUGACCAAACCCAAGCCCAAAGUGGACUUGCCAAAAGAGGAGAACCCCUCAGAACCGAACGGGCCGGUCAAUACGCAGGAAAACCCUGAAGCCCAGCCCAGCGGCACAGAGCAAGCGGCUGCGAACAGUGCAGACGCCACAGAAGCCAAGCCGGACAUGGACCUCGAUUAACCGCGCUGUGUAAUGUUACGUUAACGUUACACGUUAUGUUAUGUAACAUAAUGUUUUGUUAAUGUUAACUUAUGUUUCCAGUGACUGCUAUUGCUAAAUCAUCAUCCUCACGGCGGGGUGACUCUGCCAAUGAGAGAAAAUCAGUGGCUACAUUUGCAUGUCCUUUUAUAUUAAGAAAAACAUAAAUCAUGAUGCUGUACGACUGCUGAUUGAGAACAAUUCUGUCUGCCUACGAUUGAGUUUCUGUUAUAUGCUGGCUCUGUCAACUGUUGUUUCAAUAAAUAUGGAUUGAAACAUA